UCAUUUCUUGUGAAGCAUAUUCAAACCGGCAGAAGAAGCUUCCUGGAAAUCACUCGUCGAAAAUCUGAAAAUGACCAGACGAAACGAUAAAUGAUACGACUUGCGCCUCACAUUAACUCCGGACGAAACCUACACCAUGCAGUUUCUCAGUUCCAUCGCGAAAAUAUCCGGAUAAUAAAGUACUACAGAUAAAUAAAGAGAAUUUGACUUGAAUGCCCUCGUUGAUCCCCAUUUUUACGCUUAUAUCCAGUUUCUUAGUCGCUAGGUAUCCUCCUGUCAGCCUACUCAUUUUCCCGAGAAACGAACGCUGCAAAACCCAAAUGUAAACUUCUUCUCAACGGCUUCGUCACUUGCACAAUCAUACUCUUUCCCUUUCCCUUGGGCUCGAACGUUAGAUUACUAACUGUUGGAUAUGGGUUUCAAAGCAGUUUAUCGAAGCUUGAUGGAGCUGUUUCCACAGGUGGAUUCACGCAUGCUAAAGGCUGUUGCUAUUGAGAACCCCAAAGAUGUUAAUGGAGCUGCUGAAGUCAUUAUUUCAGAGGUUCUUCCUUUUCUUUCACAACAGUCCAUGGUUGACAGUCCCCUCCACAAGGACUGCAGUCCAAGCGGGCUAUCAGGUGGAAGAGUUGUGAAUGACGAACAGAACAAUAGGACUGUGACCACUUCUUUGGAAUCAAAAUCAAUAGCCAAAGAAGAUGCCUGUAAAACUGAUCUUACAAGUGCCAUCCAUCAUUCUGGUUCAACUCAUCAAGAAAAGGCACUGAAUCCACCUACACUGUUAUCUUGUGGCACAAAUGUUGACACCAAUCAAUUCCCAGGAAGUAGCACUAAUCAGCUUCAACGAAAUAUUGAAAGUGAGGAACUCAUAUUAUUGUUGAGGUCUCAACAUCAAGACAAUGUGCCGUCUGACUUGAAUAUUGAAAGGGAGGAAUCAAUAUUGUUGAUGGGGUCUCAACAUCAAGAAGAAAAUGUCCAGUCUGCCACAAGUCAGACUUCCAAAGUCACAUUAAGUGCUUUGUCGUGUGAUGAAAAUAUGGAUUUCAGUCAAUCAUGUACUGAAAGUGAGGUGCCAGCUUCAUCAUUGGGUAAAUGUCAAGGGAUUAACAUCAAAGUUGGGGAUGAACAAACUUCUCAAAUCAUGCCAAUUAAUUUGUCACUGGAAAAUUGUGGGCAUGAUAGCCGGUGGAAAGAUCAUGAUGGCUCUUCGGCUGGUAAUUUUGAUAGGCCUCAUAGUGAACAAGUCCCUCAAGUGGUGUCGUGUUUAGGUUGUUCUGGUUUGGAAUUGGAAAAUUCUAUGGUUGAAGAGACACUAGAUGCUGCAGAAGGUGAUCUUCAAUCAGAAUUGUCUGCCACUUCCAGUGGCAGUAAGAUUUUGAAGUCCAAGCAGGACAUCAAAAUUGAUUUUCUUGAGGAUGUUAUUGAAGCUGCUAAAAACAACAAGAAAACUUUGUUUUUAGCAAUGGAAUCAAUUAUGAACAUGAUGAGACAAGUUGAACUUCAAGAGAAAAUUGCUGAGCUAGCCAAAGAGGAAGCUGCUAGUGCAGGCCUGGACAUUCUAACCAAGGUGAAGGAACUUAAACAAAUGCUGGAACCUGCAAAGGAGGCAAAUGACAUGCAUGCAGGGGAAAUUUAUGGUGAGAAGGCCAUUCUAGCCACUGAAGCGAGGGAGUUGCAGGCUAGGCUAAUCAGCUUGUCUGAGGAAAGAGAUAAAGCUCUUGCAAUUCUCGAUGAGAUGCAACAAACCCUGGAAGCUCGACUAGAUGCAGCGGAGGAACUAAGGAGAACUGCUGAGGAGCAGAAGCUGGAAAAAGAAGAAUCUGCACGAAAUGCUCUUGCUGAACAAGAGGCCAUCAUGGAGAAGGUGGUGCAGGAGUCCAAGUUCCUUCAGCAGGAGGCAGAGGAAAAUUCUAAGCUUCGGGAGUUUCUGAUGGACCGUGGCCGGUUCGUUGAUACAUUACAAGGAGAAAUAUCUGUUAUUUGUCAGGAUGUGAGAUUGCUGAAAGAGAGAUUUGAUGAGCGUGUGCCAUUGAGCAAAUCAAUUACCUCAAGCCAAACAAGUUGCAUCUUGGCCUCGUCUGCCUCAUCUGUUAAAAGCGUGGCGUCUGAUGAACUGAUUCCUGAGCAAAAAGAAGUAUCUAAGAGCCCUAAAGACAGAAGUCCCACAUCCUCAAUUUGUAACCACUCACCUAAGAGCCAACAGGAAGACGAGGAAAAUAAUCGCAAAGAGCUUUUGGAUGAUGGGUGGGAUUUCUUUGAAAAUGACACUGAUAUGUAAAGCUGAAGUGGUAUGUAAAUGGUGGAGUUAUGUAAAUGGUGGAUAAAGAAGGAAUAAUUUCUUCUAAAUGGGUUCCAUAUUAGGUGUUGGAGAUUUUGAUUUAACAUUGUAUAGGUUAAUAGCUAUUAAUCUCUAUUUUUGGAUUUUAUGAAAUGACUGAUCAAAUAAACAUGCGAACCAAUUCAACUAA